CCUCCAGCUCUGCGUCUCGCGGCUCAGUGAAACGCAACACCGCGCGCAUGUGUCGUGCAUUAAUCCUCUUACUGCAGCAGAUGCUCGUCUGUCAGUCAACCUGCCGCGGGAGCGCGCGCUCGAGCUCGACCGGAGAGCGCGAGAGAGAGAACGCAGCAGGUGCGCGAGGGAUUCAGCGCCGUCUUUAGCGAUGAAGGAAUGGUAAAUAAAGCCGUUUAUUGAACUUAUCAUGUCUUGACAGCGGCCACGGGCUUGUUUUGAACCACUAAAGUUGCAUUUGUUAACUGGAAAACGCGAUGCCGUCGCAGGACGAGGCUGAGGCGGUAAAUGAAGACGACGGUCUGCCUCCGGUUCCGCCGCGAGCGAAUCUUCAGCUGAAUUCACCUGAGCGCCGGCUCAAGUGUGUGCUGGUCGGGGAUGCAGCGGUGGGGAAGACGAGCCUGAUCAUCAGCUACACCACUAACGGAUAUCCGGCGGAACACAUUCCCACGGCCUUUGAUCAUUUCACAGCUAGGGUUGUGGUGGAUGGAAGACCAGUUGAACUUCAACUGUGUGACAUGGCAGGACAGAGCUGGGGGGCAGCAGAUCAGCCUCGAUAUGACGAGUUUGAGCGCCUCCGUCCACUGUGUUACCGUGAUGCUGACGUCUUCCUGCUCUGCUACAGCGUGGUCCUUCCAUCCUCUUUCAGGAGCGUGAUGGACCGCUGGGCCCCUGAGGUUCAUCGCCUCUGUCCGGGAGUUCCCAUCAUCCUCGUGGGCACCCAGUGCGACUUACAGGAGGACGUCCAGGUGUUGAUCCGACUCGCAGACAGCCAGGAGAAACCGGUGAGCGGAGAGGACGCCCGACUGUGCGCCCGGAGCAUCGGUGCCGUGACGUUUGCUGAGUGCUCAGCGCUGACACAGAAGAACCUGAAGGAGGUGUUCGACGGCGCCAUCUUGGCCAGCAUGCAGCACGCGGAGGAGGCGGCGUGGCCGAAAAAGCACACGCUAAGAGAAAAAACUCCAGAUAAAAUCAAACAGCUCUCAGAAACAUGGUGGAGGAAACUGAGCUGCGUCCAGAGCUUUGACCUUCAGUGAUGGAGAAUCCAAUAAUGAAAACAUGCUUUAAGAAAGUAAACAGGGUCAGUUCAUGUUCACUAGACAUUUUAGAGAUCAUCAUGCAACACUGAAGACUGGAAUAAUAGCUGCUAAAAAAUCCAGAUUUGCAUCACAGGAAAAAUUACUUUUUAAAAUAUAUUCAAAUAGGCAACAGUUAUUAUGAAUUGUAAACUACAUAUGUAUUUAUUUUGUUUCUCUCUCAGUGAGGACUGAGCUUGAGGGCCGUAUUUAGCGUCACCUGUUGUGUGUUGUGUAUUCCUGUGACCCAGAAGGGUUUUUGUGUCGUUUGGCCCAGUGCUCUGCAUUCAUAGCAGUGGAUUAGCUGAUCCCGUAAACAGACUGAAGGAGAGGGAUUUGAUGUCUCCGUUACACCUGUUGUACUCCUGUAUGGUACCAUGUCUUGUUUACAACUUCAUUUCAACUCUUUACUUCACUUUAUGAAGUACAGUGUUACCAUGUUUUCAUCUCAUACAUUUAAAUGAGUUUAGAAGUAGAUCUGCAUCAGUGAAAAUGAACUUCACCUGCGAGUCUUGUUCUGACGGCCCUGUUAACGGUCCGUAUGGCCCAAAAGCCUUUAAUCAGAUCUGAUUCCUUUACCUCAUUGUGGUACGCUUUUCCCUCAGUAAUCUGGGAUGUAAGUACCACCAUCACAGAUGACCGUUACCUGCGCAAUGACACUUACUGCAGGCUCUGAGUGCAUCUGAAUGGUGACAACUGAAAUAAUACGAAACCCUUAAAUAGCAGCAUUUACGGCUUCUGAUAUCAUGAUGAUGCUGCUACACUAAUGAGAUUCAGAUGUGCAAAAAUAUACUUGAAUUCAAUGUUUUAAGCCACAUAAGUUUAACGAGGUCUAAACUCCUGAGCUUCUUCUCAGCAUUUCACUCUUUAUCAAGAAUAACAAGAACUGUAAAAUAUAUAUUGAUGGACCACUAAUAUGAAUUGCAAUAUAUCUAAUGAAGUUAAAACUAUUUUAGAUUUUGAUGCAUUUGGUGUAUUAUUGCAUUCAACAUUUAUCAGUUCAUGCAUUCCUUUGCAUUUAAAACCAUAGCUUUGGCAUUGCUAGCAUCAUGUUUUAAUAUCCGAGCUAAAGAAAUGUAUAAAGCUGCAUGCAUUAAAUUUGAGGUUUUUUUUUUAGAAAGAAUUUAGAAAUGAUAAUGAUUUUUUAGGUCAUUACCGAACCGUUCAGUACUCUUCAGUGAACGUUGAUGAAUUCGAGGUGAGUUUAUCAGAGCUGCUGCUGAUCCUGUAAUGGGUCGAGACAGAAGCCACCUGUGGGAAUUAGGCGGGCAGAUGGCGACUGGUUUUCCCCUCACAGGAUCUCUUGACCUCAACCCCCACCUGCUGCGGAUAUCACCAGUACAUAAGUCUUGAGAGCGGUUCAGUUCUCCCCACUGAACCAGGACGAUGUGAUCAGCAGGACUCACUGAAGCGUAGUCUGUGUGUUUCUGAUAACUCCUGUAAUAACUGGUAUUCUUGAGUGUGAGUUACUUAUGUUUAUUUCCAGCAGCCAUGACUGGAAACAAUGUUUUGUCACUUGUCAGUAGUAUUAAAUCUAAUGACUUCAUUGUCAGUCUGAUGGUGCUGGAAGCAGAGUGUUUUUGGAGCUUCACCUGUAGAGGACACUGUUGAGUUACAUCUUGAAGAUCAGGUGAACCCAUGAGGUCAAGGUCGUCCAACCUGAAGCAUCUACUGUGUGUCUGCAUUAGUGCUUACAGAAGUCACAAUGAAGGUCUGAAUGUCAUUGAAAUCAAUAAAAUAGCUAAUUAAGUGUC